UUUAAUUAAACAUCAGUAACUUAUGUGAAUUAUGUAAAGUCUACAAAAUUAACUAAAUACUACGCGAAAUUCCAAAUAAAAUUAGUGCAAUUAAGAUAAAGCGAAAAAGUGCAGGCGCCAAUGCCUUGAAUGCCAUGAAGCGUUCACCUCAAAAUCGUACCCAUGCGAAACCCUUAAUUUCGCGCCGAUCCGCUUCCAUCUUCGAUGCGCUUAAUCCCAGUUUGACUAACCUGGAAUCGUUGGCAAUGCAGAAAGCGUGGAGAAUUCUGGAACCAAAAUUGCGAUCACUCUCCACCGAUAUACUUAUGAACCUCUACUCGGAGCAUUACGAGAUUAUGGAAAAGUUUCGCGAUGAAAGUGGCAAAUUAUGUAACUAUGAAUUGAUAAAUUACGCAACUUGGCUGCUACGGCUUUACGGCUCGAUUAUAAAUAAUAAAGUAGAUCCAAUUAAAACGAAGAAAAUAUUGGAACCCUUGAUAGAGAAGCUGAAAAAGUAUUCCAUGGAUGUGGAUUGCGUAAAGCUCCAGUUGGAGGGUAUUAAACAUUUUAUAUUUGCUGAACUACGGAAUGCCUUAUCGCCCACAUCAAUCGAGGCCUUCAAUAAGCUUCACAAUACCAUUAUCAGAUAUGUUUAUAUAAAACUUAAUUAACAUAAUAUACAUAUGUAUGUAUAGAUAUAUUUGUAAAGCAGUAGGUAUACGAUGUUUGAGAAGGCUUGAAUGGACGUAUAAGUACAUAGGUCGACGAUUGGCUAAAACACCGAG